GUUUGCUCCCUGGUCAGGUGUGAGGGGGAAGGGGAAGGAGGAGCCAGGGUUUCCUCCUGAUCACAUCUCUGCUAUCUCUUGCAGGACUUUGAAUAUGUCGGGGAUCGCCCUCAGCAGACUUGCCCAGGAGAGGAAAGCUUGGAGAAAAGACCACCCAUUUGGUUUUGUGGCUGUCCCAACAAAGAACCCUGACGGCACAAUGAACCUCAUGAACUGGGAGUGCGCCAUUCCAGGGAAGAAAGGGACCCCAUGGGAAGGAGGCUUGUUUAAACUACGGAUGCUCUUCAAAGAUGACUAUCCAUCCUCACCACCGAAAUGCAAAUUUGAACCACCAUUAUUUCACCCAAAUGUGUACCCUUCAGGCACUGUGUGCCUGUCCAUCCUCGAAGAAGACAAGGACUGGAGGCCAGCCAUCACAAUUAAGCAGAUCUUAUUAGGAAUACAGGAACUUCUAAAUGAACCAAAUAUCCAAGAUCCAGCUCAAGCAGAGGCCUACACAAUUUACUGCCAAAACAGAGUGGAAUACGAGAAAAGGGUUCGAGCACAAGCCAAGAAGUUUGCGCCCUCAUAAGCAGCGACCCGCGGCAGGCAGCAUCAAAAGGAAGGGAUUGGUUUGGCAAGAACUUGUUUACAACAUUUGCAGAUCUAGCGUUGCUCUGUACAAUUACUAGUCACCUAGGGGAGGCGGGCGGGCGCCAUUUUCCAUUUCUGCCACUGGUACACAGUUCUCGACUCGCUGAAUUGCCCAGUUUUUCAUACAGGGUCUCUUCCUUCAGUCUUUUGUAUUUUUGAUUGUUAUGUAAAACUUGCUUUUAUUUUAAUAUUGAUGUCAGUAUUUCAACUGCUGUAAAAUUAUAAACUUUUAUACUUCGACGAGUCCCUGAGGAGCUAGUUCCCUUUGCUCGCAGGUGCAGGCAUGCUUCCCACCAUCAGAGCUACACGUAGCCUCCAGCUGGCUGUAUGAAAAAGAAAUCGGCCUGUCCCCUGCCCUCGCGCCUCUGUCCUUUCUCUCUGCAAAACCCAGGUUGUGUUGCUAUGAGCCUCAGAUCCAAAGUCAGCCAGCCUCUUGUUUUCCGCAUCACUUCCUUUGUGUUUAUAUGGCGUUUUGUCUGUGUUGCUGUUUAGAGUAAAUAAACUGUUUAUAUAAAGGUUUUUGUUGCAUUAUCGUCAUUAAAAGUGUGAGGAGGCAGCCUUGGGGUGCCCGGCCCCCUCCCCUCAGCUGCAGGCCCCACAGAGCACCAGCCUUGGCCCCAGCAUGUCUUGCUGCCUGUGCCUAGGCCUGCGUGGCGCUUGUCCUGGUCCUUUGUAAAUAGUUCUGUGUCCAGAGACGGUGUGUGUCCAGGGUUUCUGUCCCCCCUCCGCCCCCUCUGGUUCUUUGAGCAGUAGAGCACUAGGGUUCAGAUCUGGUCAAGUUGGAAUUGGUGUCGAGACCCUUUUAAAGCAUGUGCUGCCCAAGCCAUCAGGAGGACGAGGUACCUAUACCCAGGCCAUGGCUGAGCCUUAGUGAGGACCACAUCCAAGCUACUGGCCCUCCUCGGGGGCCAGCGCAGGCUGGCUUAGGAUAGCCGGGCCACAGCAAUGGAGCCGAGGCCCUUAGACAGGGCAUGUGGCCUCCACUUCUGGCAGUGCAUUGCCUGCCCAGGCCUCGGUGGCUCUUCUUGGGCCUCUGCAUGUAGCGCCCACAGCCCUCUCAUGCUCACUUCAUCAGCCCCUACGCUUGGGUGUAGGUGGUCCCAGUCACCAGGAUGCCCCAAAGGAGCAGCUUUGAGGGAUGUUGUCGCAUGCUCUUCCUGUUUCCUGAAGCGUUCUGAAUCUGGUCACUUAAGAAGUCCACUCCUCAGAAAGCACCCUAGAGCCUGGGCCCACAGCUGAGCUUCCCAGAGUUGGAGUUGGCUGCUGUCUGCUGGAAAGCGGGCCUAGGUCCCCCUGCUCACCAGGGAGGUGGCAUAGAUGGAGACAGGAAGUGGCAGAAGGAGUCCUGGCCUCUGGGUCCCAGUGAGCACAGUGCUGAACAGACCAGAGACCUAGAGCUGGCUCUAUACCAGCCAGCCUUGCCCUCCCACCCCAAAGACCCUCGCUGUCAGAACUGGUUUGCCUAUGGCUCCAGUGCACAGACCGAAGUGGGGACAGUCUCCCAAAGGUGGGCAGCGAAGGGAGAGUUGGUCAUCGAGCCCUCAGCCAGGAAGGGCUGCCUCCAUUUGUCCCAGGAAAUGUGGCCCCCUCAGCCUACAGCACCUGCAUGGCCCGAGGGCCCAGUGCCUUGUUCACUUGCUUAGCUGGACGGACAUCUGUUGGGUUGCUGAGCUCUGAGCUCUCAGUUUGAUGUUUGCAAUUAUUCCUAAUGCAAAGGGCCUUACAGGGGGGAGGGGGGUGUUUCAGCGGGUCGUGUGUGUAUAGCCCCUUCCAGAAUGUCUUAUUUUGUAAUGACUGAACUACACUUAGUAAUAGUUACACAUGUAUAUGGUUAAUAUAUAUGGAAAUGCAAUAUAUUUUCUAGUUAAAGCAUUCUAAAGUAAUCGAUGUUUCUAGCAAAUUGUCGUGACUUUGGCUAAUGAAAUGUCCUUUUGUGCCACAGUCCUUGGCUUAACAAAGAUGUGAAUCUUGUAACAUGAGAACUAUGAAAUGUGAUCAUUCUAUUUCUACUGUAAGGGAAGAGAGUGUGUUCCCAGCAUGAGGCGCCUAAUUAGUGAGGAAUUGUGGGCAAUAGAUUAACCACUGUAUCUAAGAAUCCUCUAAUUAAAAUAUUUCCACAAA